AUGGCAUCAAACUAUGCACCAGAUGAUGGUGGCGUACCACAGUCAUUAACAAACUCUUCGAUGGAUUUUGAAGUAUUGAGUGAGUCUACAAAUAGUUUGCCUAUUACCAUCGGUUGUGACACUUUCAUACUCCGAAUUUCGGAACUUCUUGAUCUGGAAGAUUCCAAAGUUGCACAACUGCUGACAACAGGUCUUCAAGGAUUAAUUUAUUUUAAAACGGAUAUUACACCAGCUGUUUACACAGCACAGAUGAGUGACGAUAGUCAUCUUUUAACACUGUUGAAACAGCAUUUUGAACUACAAUGGCAAUCGGUUCCUGAACAACAAUGGUUUCAAACAUUUUUACGCGAACAAAAAGUAGAACUGCCAGGUGUGUAUGAUCAAUUUUUAACGCGGACAGCAGAAUAUGGUUCGAAAUAUCAGAAAGAUAAUUCAAUUCUGGCUUUAGUAAUACAGUUUUUAUUUGAUCUGGAUGAUCAAACAAUAAAUGUACUCUUUGAUGAUAUUUGGAAAACACUUAUUGCAUUCGGUCGUCAAGGUUUGAAACACUAUUCCGAGCUUCUACCACCAGCUUUAGUCGAAGUACAAAUGACUGAUGAUACAAGUCCGCUAUGUUUAGCACUCAAGCAGUACUAUGAACCAACACUGAAAGCUCUUUUUAAAGAAAAUGCUAUUACAAAUCGUAUGAAUCUUGUGCCUACGACAGUAAACUGUGUUGUCAACAACGGAUGGUGGCUAGGUUUAAACGAUCUGAAAGUUAAAAAUUCAAUUGCAUCGAAGAAGUUUAGUGUUCUAAUUCAAUCACUGGAACAAUAUCUGAAUGAUAAUAACUUGCUAAAGCCUGAUGACUUAGUCAAAAAGAAAACAGACAGUCAUUCUGCUGAAAUCGUUAACACAGCGACAGCAAAUGCUCCUCUAUCAGUGCAGAAUGCUUCAGCUAACAUCGAACUCUCAACUUUGAUGAAUGACUCGUUGCUCCAGAAUUCCGAAAAACUCAACAUACUUACACAAACCAUAACUUCGUCUACGCAAUCUGCUCUACCGCCGAAUGCAGUCGUUCAAGCGUCACGUGACCAAGUGCUUGCCUCUCCUUCAGCUGCUGAUAAAAAUGAUGUUAGUCCUCAUUACUAUACAAUUCCCGACACUGUUCCUUUGCCAGCGAAAACGGAUUCCGAGGCAAAGGAAGUUGCAAGUUCAUUAGAUGUCAGAACAACUGAUCGUAAGAGUACAACACCAGAAUUUAUGUCAGCAUCCCAACUGUCACUGCACUUACAAUCGGACGACAAAUCACAGGACGAACUGCCAGAAACAACAAAACGAGAACUUCGAGAAAAAGAUCUUAGAACACCAAAGUUUUUAAAACAGUCGCUUGGAUUGUAA